GUAAAAGUACUGUAAAUAACUUAGAAACUUUAAAUUAAUAUACAACACGCCAUUUCUUUAAUCACUAUUUACUUGAAAUAUUUUUAAACAGGGUGGUUAAAUUGAGAGGUUAGAAUUUUUAUGGUUUUAAAAAUAGAUUCCUGUUCACCAAGUGCAAUUAUAGAUUGGAACAACACUAUGUAUAUAUAUUUCUAUCUGCCAAUUCGUUUUUCCAAAUACCAUGAAGUUCAGGAAGUAAAAUAGCACUGCUCCAAAAUAUAGUUACAAAAUGUUUAAUUGAGUAACUAAGGUCAUGGCAAGAAGUUAGUGUAUAAAAUAGGUGACAUUAAAGAAAUUUUAAAACUAUGAUUGUUAUUAUUGACAGUGACUAAAGUUCAGAGUACAUUAAAUCUAAAAAAAAACUAGUUAUGGAACACAAACAUAUUUUCAGUCUUACAAGAACUUGACAAGUAUAGCAAAGAUUAGAAAGUUAUGAGGUUGCUGUGCUGAAUGCUCCAAGCCAAAGUAGAAGAAUAAUACGUAUCCUAAGUUGCUACAUCACCAAAAGUGGAGAAAGAAUUUUCAUAAGAAAUAUAAUUAAUUAAAUUCAUCAUUGCAAUCAACUGAUAAUUUCAAUUUAAUUUUUCUAGUUUUAUGCACUUCUAGCAAGUUCUAUUUGCACAUCAAUAAUAGAAUUAAUGUAAAAACUAUAAAAAAUGUCUCAAGACUCAGGGAAAUCUACCAGUUUGCUAAAGCAAGCUUGUAUUCAAAUUGGAGCUGGCGGAUCCGCCGGUUUUGUAGAAGUUUGUAUAAUGCAUCCAAUGGAUCUCGUUAAAACACGUUUCCAGUUGCAAGUUAAAACAAUUCGUGCAGAUCCUGCAUACUAUACAGGAAUUGGGGAUUGCAUGAAGAAAAUGUAUAGAAACGAAGGUCUGGGAGCAUUUUGGAAAGGAAUUUUACCACCAAUUGUGGUAGAGACUCCUAAACGUGCAGUUAAAUUCUUUACAUUUGAGCAGUAUAAACAAUUUUUCCUCUUUGGUGCAAAUACACCUACACCACUGACGUUUUCCUGUGCUGGAUUUUUUGCUGGUGUUACGGAAGGCAUUUUGGUAAAUCCUUUUGAAGUAAUUAAAGUACAGUUACAGUCAAACAGGAAAAGGAUGAAGGAUAGCCCAUCUACGAGUGCUGUCACCAGAGAAAUUAUCCGAAAAUAUGGAUUUGGAUUAAAUGGUUUAAAUAAAGGACUUACCGCUACGGUUAUGAGAAAUGCUGUAUUCAAUUCAUUUUACUUCGGAUUCUAUCAUUCCGUUAAAGGAUAUAUACCAAUAUGUGAUGAUCCCUGGUUGGAAUUCUUUACCAAAGUGGGUAUAGGCUUUACUUCUGGAACAUUGGCAUCCUGUCUGAAUAUUCCUUUUGACGUAGCAAAGAGCAGAAUUCAAGGUGCUCAGGGACAAAUUCAAUAUAAUGGAACAUUAAGAACCAUAUCCAUUGUUUAUCAACAAGAAGGCUUUGGAGCAUUAUAUAAAGGAUUAUUGCCAAAAAUACUUCGAUUGGGACCAGGCGGUGCUAUUAUGCUCGUUGUGUAUGAUUACAUGCAUACUUAUUUGACAGAAACAUUUGCAGACUGAUAUAUAGACAGACAUAAACACAAGUUUAUGGUCGAAAAGUGUGUAAAAAAUUGUUUGUAUCGAUUGUACGGUGCCUUAAUAAAUACUAUAAGACUA